AUGUCCGGAGGAGUGGAUUCCUCAGUCACCGCAAAAUUGCUAUCGGACAAAGAUUAUGACCUAUCAGCAGUCUUCAUGCGCAAUUGGGACACACGCGACGAGUCUGGUUCAGAUCAUGGAUGUGAGUGGGAGAAGGACUGGGAAGAUGUCAGACGCGUGUGCAGGGUGCUCGACAUACCUUGCAAAAUGGUGGAUCUCUCUCGUGAGUACUGGACGCGGGUGUUCGAACCCUCCUUGAAGUCCUGGGAGAGCGGUAUCACGCCCAAUCCUGAUGUAUGGUGUAAUAAAGAGGUCAAAUUCGGCGUAUUGCUGGACCGCCUUACCGAGGAUCCUGGGCUUUCAAAUACUCCAUGGCUUGCAACUGGUACCCUAUCCUUCUCCCUUCAUGCUCAGUUCAGCUCAUUGCCUGCUGUGCGUGCAGGCCAUUACGCAAAUAAAGAUUGGAAAUACCAUAACGGCGUUCCGCGACCAAGACUUCUUCGUCCUUGCGACGUUACAAAGGACCAGACAUAUUAUCUAUCUUCUGUGCCCGAAUAUAGCCUUUCCCGUGCUCUUUUUCCUCUAGGAUCCAUAAAGAAGACAGAAGUGAGGGAGCUUGCCGCGAGGUGGAACUUACCAACGGCGGCCAGGCAGGAAAGCAUGGGCAUAUGUUUUGUGGGGGAGAAACGCAAAUUUCAUGACUUCAUAUCCCAGUAUAUACCACCUAAACCUGGACCGAUCAUCGAUCUGGAAACAGGACUCCAGGUGGGCGAACAUGCAGGGCCAUGGAAUUUCACUAUCGGCCAGGGUGCUAAAGUUCGGGGUCUCAAAGAGAAGACGUUUGUUGUGAAGAAAGACAUCCUAAAGAAUAUAAUAUAUGUCGUACCUGGAACGGAUCAUCCAGCGUUAUAUGCACGAUCUCUGACCAUUCGCAAAUGGACGUGGAUAUGGGCUGAUAGCCCACCGAUAGAGCUCAUGAACCCUGGCGGUCUCAAAGCGCGUAUGAAAUUCCGACAUGUGAUGUCUGACAUAGGCUGCUCAGUGUACUCUGAUAAUGAUUGUAUUCGCAUCGAUUUCAAUGAGCCACAGAAGGCCGUUGCACCCGGACAAGUUGCAACGAUUUACAUUGAAGACUGGUGUUUAGGAUGUGGUACAAUCGGGGAAGUAGCAUAGGGCCAAUACUUCGGAUAUGUCAUGAAACGACGAGUUCCACAGGUAAUGAUGUCCGUACCUGACGUUGGUGAAGAAUUUCACCUUUGGUCUAGCUCAGGACAUUGCAAUAAGGCUUUUCGUGGAUCACUGUCACCCGGAUAUCUGCAUGAACCAUCUGCGGCUGUUAUUUCCAACGUUCUCCUCUCAUACAUGGUCAAUCUGUCUUGUACUCGGGCACGGCAAUGAUGCCAGAUAGUCAUCAUUUUACACUUUACUUGGCGUAACUUCCCUCCUGAAAGUAUCGUCCCAUUUUUUCUUAAUUUAGUCUUUUGGGGUCGUAGACCCUAUAUGUUGGACAUGUUUCGUCAUAUGCUUUCCCCGUAUGAGCAUCUCACUAUUGUGUGAUUUGGACACGUACACAUCAUCAGACUACUACUACU